AUGAAGUUCUCGAUUCUUGCAGGAGUAUUCACCGCGGGCGCCUUGGCCCAGAGCGGCGCAUGGCAGCAGUGCGGCGGUCAAAACUACCAGGGCUCGACCACAUGCGUCUCGGGCUACCGGUGCGUCUAUGUGAACGACUGGUACAGCCAAUGUCAGCCGGGGGCCGCAACCACCAUCACCACUUCGACGAGGUCUUCUUCUACCUCGUCUGCCCCUACCUCAACUUCCACCAGCAACCCCGGAGCCAAGAAGUUUAGGUGGUUCGGCGUCAACCAGUCAGGCGCCGAGUUUGGAUCGGGCAAGUACCCCGGCACAUGGGGCGUCGAAUUCAUCUUUCCGGACAAUGCGGCUGUCCAGACUCUGAUCAACCAAGGCUACAACACCUUCCGCGUGUCCUUUUCCAUGGAGCGGCUGGUGCCCAACACCCUGACCUCCUCGUUUGACGCGGGCUACCUCAGGAAUCUGACAAACUCGGUCAACUUCAUCACCAACGCCGGAGCGUGGGCCGUCCUGGACCCGCACAACUACGGCCGGUACUACGGCAACAUCAUCACCGACACGGCCGCCUUCCGGACCUUCCACACGAACCUGGCCAAGCAGUUCGCCUCCAACUCGCGCGUCAUCUUUGACACCAACAACGAGUACAACACGAUGAGCCAGGAUCUAGUUCUGCAGCUCAACCAGGCCGCCAUCGAUGGGAUCCGCGCGGCGGGCGCAACCUCGCAGUACAUCUGGGUCGAGGGCAACUCGUGGUCGGGCGCGUGGACGUGGAACACGACCAACGACAAUAUGAAGGCGCUGACGGACCCCCAGAACAAGCUUGUCUAUGAGAUGCACCAGUACCUUGAUAGUGAUGGGUCCGGCACCACCCCGACGUGCGUUAAUGACCAGAUUGGUGUGCAGCGCGUCAUCGGCGCCACCAACUGGCUCCGUGCUAACGGCAAGAUUGGGGUCAUUGGAGAGUUCGCGGGGGGUGCAAACUCUGUCUGUCAGACGGCUGUUACGGGCUUGUUGAACCAUCUCCAGGAAAAUAGUGAUGUCUGGGCUGGCGCGCUCUGGUGGGCGGCUGGGCCGUGGUGGGGCAACUACAUCUUCAGCUUUGAGCCGCCCUCUGGCACUGGCUAUACGAACUACAACUCGCUGCUGCGCAAGUACGUUCCGUGA